GGUCCAUGUUGGUGUUCCACUCCUCCGCCCCAACAGGCUCCCUACGCCGGACCGCUGGCCGCACGCCAAGAUCAAUCUACCAGGAGAGGACAGAUAGGGAGAGUAUGGAAAUACUGCAUUAACGACGCAUGCUACUGCUCCGUCAAUAACACACUAUAGAGAGAGGCAGGGAGGGAGGGGAGUGAGAGAGAGAGAGAGAAAUUCUAACAAAUAUGUUACCAAAUUCUAAAUAGAGAUAUCAAAUUAGCACAACACCUUGUCAAAAUCAAAGAAUUCAAACAAAGGAAGACAUUAACAAUGUACAGACUCUGUGACCAUAGCCUGGCCAUAAAGACAGGACGCCAUAGAAAAACAUGGAAGGUCAGAGAAGAAAGACUAUGUCAGCACUGUGAGUCAGGUGACGUACAGGAGGACCAGCCCUUCCUACUCCACAUGUGACUCAGAGGUAUUUACCUCCUGGAAUGUAAAGAAUGAAUUGCAGGAUUUCUUGAACUGCCUGUUGAGGAGAAAAUCUCCAUUUUGUUAGGAUAAAAACGUAGACAGAAGAUCUAGCUGCAGAUUAUGUCCUGACCUGUCAUAAUAUUAGAGACAAUAGAUCUAGUUACAGAUUAUGUCCUGACCUGUCAUAAUAUUAGAGACAAUAGAUCUAGUUACAGAUUAUGUCCUGACCUGUCAUUAUAUUAGAGACAAUAGAUCUAGUUACAGAUUAUGUCCUGACCUGUCAUAAUAUUAGAGACAAUAGAUCUAGUUACAGAUUAUGUCCUGACCUGUCAUAAUAUUAGAGACAAUAGAUCUAGUUACAGAUUAUGUCCUGACCUGUCAUAAUAUUAGAGACAAUAGAUCUAGCUGCAGAUUAUGUCCUGACCUGUCAUAAUAUUAGAGACAAUAGAUCUAGCUACAGAUUAUGUCCUGACCUGUCAUAAUAUUAGAGACAAUAGAUCUAGUUACAGAUUAUGUCCUGACCUGUCAUAAUAUUAGAGCCCUUCUAGAUUUACUUUCUUAAUUGUUGUUUGUUUCUUUGUGGUGAAUUAUUCUCCACAUAUAAUUGUAUUUGUUGAUAUUAUUAUUGUUGCUCAAACAUAUUGUUCAUUUGUAAUACUUCACAUACAUUGCUUUGGCAACAGUGGCAACCACCCAUUCAUGUCAAUAAAGCAUUUAUUGAAUUGAGAGAGAGAGAGAGACAGAGAGACAGAGAGACAGAGAGAGAGAGAGAGAGAGAGAGAGAGACAGAGAGAGAGAGAGAGAGAGACAGAGAGAGAGAGAGAGACAGAGAGAGAGAGAGAGAGAGACAGAGAGAGAGAGAGACAGAGAGAGACAGAGAAAAUAAGAGAGGAGAGACAGACAGCUGUUAUUCCCACAGCCCUACAGUAAGUAACAUUAACAAACAGGCCUAACAGAGCUACUCCAGUUCAAACUCAGACAUUUACUUCCAGCUGUUGCUUCAGAGAGAAAGAAGACGGGAGACAAAACAAUCUCUGAGAAGAGAUGGGGAGAAGCAGGGUUAGGGUCAUGGGUGUCAGGGUUAGAGUAAGGGGGGGUCAAAUCCAUCGUGUAACUCAUGAGGGUCACGACCCCGUGGAAAUCCAAUAAAACCCCAAGCUCUGGCUGCAACGCUCAUUACGUGGUGGCCGUUUAAAUGUAAAUCAUUUUAAAAUCGCUAUUUCCAAUGUAUGUGUGUAUGUGAAUAUGUGUUUCAUAGAUAAACUAUGUGUCCCGUACAGUAUGCAGCCAGGCCUACACAAACGUCCAGUUGACAGCUGUGUGACGCUCUGUUCGCCAGGCCAUCAUCAACCUGGUACAACACUGUAGCUAAUACAGUCUGUCCUGAUUUACCCACUCAAGCCAAUUGAACAGUUCUGCUCAGAGAGGUAGAGAGAGAUAGAAGAAGUGGGUUCAGCCAGGGAGAAAGACAAGACUAACUAAAUCCUAAGCUAAGAAGGGGGGGGAGCUGUUUCCAUGGGGACCGGGCUGAUAAGGGGGGAGAGGAGGGUGGGGUGGGGGGGGGGAAUAGGAGUCAAUAAUUCAUGAGCUUUGUGAUAAGCAGUGAAGUUUGUGUGCGUGUGUGUGCGCCUUCCCAGCACCAUAACUAGCCAACAUCCAGCCAGCCAACACACAAGAUGGCCUCUUUUGUUACACCUCCAUUGUGUAAAUAACUAGGCAGAGAUUUAGGAAUAACUUUUCUCAUGGCAGUGAAAAUAUUUGGCUGAAGUUGUGGGUUGUAUAAACAGAACAAGAGCCCACAAAGCUUCUAUAUACACAGUGCCUUUGGAAAGUAUUCAGACCCAUUUACUUUUUCCACAUUUUGUUACGUUACAGCCUUAUUAUAAAAUUGAUUUAAAAUUGUAAAAAAUGUCCCUCAUCAAUCAACACACAAUACCCCAUAAUGACAAAGCAAAAACAGGUUUUUAGAAAUAUCACAUUUACAUAAGUAUUCAGACCCUUUACUCAGUACUUUGUUGAAGCACCUUUGGCAGCGAUUACAGCCUUGAGUCUUCUUGGGUAUGACACUACAAGCUUGGCACACCUGUAUUUGGGGAGUUUCUCCCAUUCUUCUCUGCAGUUCCUCUUAAGCUCUGUCUGGUUGGAUGGGGAGCAUCGCUGCAAAGCUAUUUUCAGGUCUAUCCAGAGAUGUUCGAUCAGGUUCAAGUCCGGGCUCUGGCUGGGCCACUCAAGGACAUUCAGAGACUUGUCCCGAAGCCACUCCUGCAUUGUCUUGGCUGUGUGCAUAGUGUCUUUGUCCUGUUGGAAGGUGAAUCUUUGCCCCAAUCUGAGGUCCUGAGCGCUCUGGAGCAGGUUUUCCAUCAAGGAUCUCUCUGUACUUUGCUCCGUUCAUCUUUCUCUCAAUCUUGGCUAGCAUCCCAGUCCCUGCCGCUGAAAAACAUCCGCACAACAUGAUGCUGCCACCACCAUGCUUCACCGUAGGGAUGGUGCCAGGUUUCCUUCAGACGCUUGGCAUUCAGGCUCAGAGUUCAAGCUUGGUUUCAUCAGACCAGAGAAUCUUGUUUCUCAUGGUCUGAGAGUCCUUUAGGUGCCUUUUGGCAAACUCCAAGCGGGCUGGUUUUUGCUCUGACAUGCACUGUCAACUAUGGGACCUUAUAUAGACAGGUGUGUGUGCCUUUCCAAAUCAUGUCCAAUCAAUUGAAUUUACCACAGGUGGACUCCAAUCAAGUUGUAGAAACAUCUCAAGGAUGAUCAAUGGAAACAGGAUGCACCUGAGCUCAAUUUCGAGUCUCAUAGCAAAGGGUCUGAAUACUUAUGUAAAUAAAGUAUUUCUGUUUUUUUAAUACAUUUGCAAAAAUUUCUAAAAACCUGUUUUCGCUUUGUCAUUAUGGGCUUUUGUGUGUAGAUUGAUGAGGAACAUUUUGUAUUUAAUCCAUUUUAGAAUAAGGCUGUAACAUAACAAAAUGUGGAAAAAGCGAAGGUGUACUAUCCACUAGAAAGACAGACACAUUGAUUAACCUCACAUUGAAAAGACUCAAAUAUCUGACCAACUUUGUAUAGGGUUGCUCUAUAUACAGAGGUUGUUUUAAAAGGUAAAGUAGCAUAUUUACACUAUUGAUCUUUUCUCUCUCUUUUCUAAUGAUUUCCACAUGGUAAUAAAGUGACCAGACAGGAGGUUCAUGUAAUCAAAAUCUAAUUAAAAUCUGGCGUGCGUUGCAUUCCUCCUCGACUCAGAGGUUACACUCUGCAUCAUCAGCCAAUCGAACUGUGUGUGUGUGUGUGUGUGUGUGUGUGUGUGAGAGAGAGAGCGAGAUAGAGGUCCAAUUUAUUUACUCACCACAGACAUAUUUAAAUAAUUGAUCAACCUUUAUUUAACCAGGUAGAUUGAGGACACAUGGUGCUUACAACGCCAAGGGUCGUGGGUUCGAUUUUCACUGGAGCCUCCCAAACGUUAAAUGUAUGCACACAUGACUAAGUCUGUUUGGAUAAAAGCAUCUGCUAAAUGGGAAAGGGCAUACCUAGUCAGCUGAGGAAAACAGUCCUGGUGUUGAAAGGGGAGACCUAGUCAGCUAGCACAAAUGAAUGCAUUCAACCAAAAUGUGUCUUCCUCGUUUAACCCAACCCCUCUGAAUCAGAGAGGCGCGGGGGGCUGCCUUAAUCAACGUCCACGUCAUCGGCGCUCUGGGAGCAGUUGUUGUUGGGGGUUAACUGCCUUGCUCAAAGGCAGAACAGCAGAUAUGUCCAUCUUGCCAGCUCUGGGAUUCGAACCAGCGACCUUUCGGUUACUGGCCCAAUGCUCUUAACCGCUAGGCUACCUGCCGCCUCACGGCAUAUAUUAUUAUUGUUCUUAUUAAAUAUUAUAACAGCCCGACCAAGACAGUGAAUUGUUAUCUUUAUUUAGAUGGAAGAUUAGAACCAGGAGGAGGUGAUGGUGCACUGUAGUGAAGAUAGUUAUUAGAACCAGGAGGAGGUGAUGGUGCACUGUAGUGAAUAUAGUUAUUAGAACCAGGAGGAGGUGAUGGUGCACUGUAGUGAAGAUAGUUAUUAGAACCAGGAGGUGGUGAUGGUGCACUGUAGUGAAGAUAGUUAUUAGAACCAGGAGGAGGUGAUGGUGCACUGUAUUGAAGAUAGUUAUUAGAACCAGGAGGAGGUGAUGGUGCACUGUAGUGAAGAUAGUUAUUAGAACCAGGAGGAGGUGAUGGUGCACUGUAGUGAAGAUAGUUAUUAGAACCAGGAGGAGGUGAUGGUGCACUGUAGUGAAUAUAGUUAUUAGAACCAGGAGGAGGUGAUGGAGCACUGUAGUGAAGAUAGUUAUUAGAACCAGGAGGAGGUGAUGGUGCACUGUAGUGAAGAUAGUUAUUAGAACCAGGAGGAGGUGAUGGUGCACUGUAGUGAAGAUAGUUAUUAGAACCAGGAGAAGGUGAUGGUGCACUGUAGUGAAGAUAGUUAUUAGAACCAGGAGGAGGUGAUGGAGCACUGUAGUGAAGAUAGUUAUUAGAACCAGGAGGAGGUGAUGGUGCACUGUAGUGAAGAUAGUUAUUAGAACCAGGAGGAGGUGAUGGUGCACUGUAGUGAAGAUAGUUAUUAGAACCAGGAGGAGGUGAUGGUGCACUGUAGUGAAUAUAGUUAUUAGAACCAGGAGGAGGUGAUGGAGCACUGUAGUGAAGAUAGUUAUUAGAACCAGGAGAAGGUGAUGGUGCACUGUAGUGAAGAUAGUUAUUAGAACCAGGAGGAGGUGAUGGAGCGCUGUAGUGAAGAUAGUUAUUAGAACCAGGAGGAGGUGAUGGUGCACUGUAGUGAAGAUAGUUAUUAGAACCAGGAGGUGGUGAUGGUGCACUGUAGUGAAGAUAGUUAUUAGAACCAGGAGGAGGUAAUGGAGGCAUAUGGCUGGUGUCUAGAAACAACGUCCCCACUCUGGACUAUAGACCUACUGAUGUCCCCACUCUGGACUAUAGACCUACUGAUGUCCCCACUCUGGACUACAGACCCACUGAUGUCCCCACUCUGGACUACAGACCCACUGAUGUCCCCACUCUGGACUAUAGACCCACUGAUGUCCCCACUCUGGACUAUAGACCCACUGAUGUCCCCACUCUGGACUACAGACCCACUGAUGUCCCCACUCUGGACUAUAGACCUACUGAUGUCCCCACUCUGGACUAUAGACCCACUGAUGUCCGCACUCUGGACUAUAGACCCACUGAUGUCCCCACUCUGGACUAUAGACCUACUGAUGUUCCCACUCUGGACUACAGACCCACUGAUGUCCCCACUCUGGACUAUAGACCUACUGAUGUCCCCACUCUGGACUAUAGACCUACUGAUGUCCGCACUCUGGACUAUAGACCCACUGAUGUCCCCACUCUGGACUAUAGACCUACUGAUGUCCCCACUCUGGACUACAGACCCACUGAUGUCCCCACUCUGGACUAUAGACCUACUGAUGUCCCCACUCUGGACUAUAGACCUACUGAUGUCCCCACUCUGGACUAUAGACCUACUGAUGUCCCCACUCUGGACUACAGACCUACUGAUGUCCCCACUCUGGACUAUAGACCUACUGAUGUCUGGACUAUAGACCUACUGAUGUCCCCACUCUGGACUAUAGACCUACUGAUGUCCCCACUCUGGACUAUAGACCUACUGAUGUCCCCACUCUGGACUAUAGACCUACUGAUGUCCCCACUCUGGACUAUAGACCCACUGAUGUCCCCACUCUGGACUAUAGACCUACUGAUGUCCCCACUCUGGACUAUAGACCUACUGAUGUCCCCACUCUGGACUAUAGACCCACUGAUGUCCCCACUCUGGACUAUAGACCCACUGAUGUCCCCACUCUGGACUAUAGACCCACUGAUGUCCCCACUCUGGACUAUAGACCUACUGAUGUCCCCACUCUGGACUAUAGACCCACUGAUGUCCCCACUCUGGACUAUAGACCUACUGAUGUCCCCACUCUGGACUACAGACCUACUGAUGUCCCCACUCUGGACUAUAGACCUACUGAUGUCCCCACUCUGGACUAUAGACCUACUGAUGUCCCCACUCUGGACUAUAGACCUACUGAUGUCCCCACUCUGGACUAUAGACCUACUGAUGUCCCCACUCUGGACUACAGACCUACUGAUGUCCCCACUCUGGACUAUAGACCUACU